AUGAACGGCUCCAUUCCAGAAAGUUUGGGAAAACUCUCCGAACUUGUUGAACUAUAUCUUUAUUCGAAUUCAUGGGAAGGCAUUCUAAAGGAAGCCCAUUUUAUAAAUCUCACCAGAUUAAAAGCUCUUUCAAUAUCCACGGAUCCAAUAGAGAAGCCCAUGUCCCUCAACGUGGCUUAUGAUUGGGUUGCCCCUUUCAAGCUCCAUAGACUUCUCAUUAGAUACUGCAGAGUGGGUCCUGGUUUUUGGAAAUUGAUUCAAUCUCAGACUGAACUAUUAGAUGUCACCCUUCAGAAUACUUCCAUCUCGGAUUCCAUGCCAAAGGAAUGGUUGUCGAAGAUAUCUUCUCAAGUCCAAAAUUUGGAUUUAUCUUACAACAACUUCAGUGGAAGGCUUCCAUUACAAUUGAAGUUUCCAAAGCUACAGUCUUUCGAUUUGGGUCAUAAUCAAUUGGAAGGCCCACUUCCACUUUGGCUCACUAAUGUCUACUACCUUGAUUUUCAAAGCAAUUUAUUUUCCGGGCCAAUUCCCUCCAAUUUAGGCCAAUUGAUGCCCAAAUUGAGAUAUCUGGAUGUUUCUGAGAAUCGUUUGAAUGGUACUAUUCCACUCUCUAUUUGCAACACGAAGGAUAUGGAAGUAAUUUCGCUAAGAAACAAUCAACUAUUUGGAGAGUUCCCUCAACGGUGGAGUUGGUGGAGUAAAAUAAGAAUUAUUGAUGUCUCACACAACAAUCUUUCUGGUAAUAUUCCGAGUUCAAUGGGUUUCCCAAGUUCUCUUAAAAAAUUUAAGUAUGCGGGAUAUCUUGGAAAAAGUGCAAUAACGUUAAAAGGGAAAGAGCUCGAAUAUGAUGAUGGAAACUUAGCCUUGUGGGGAAAUUUGAUUGAUCUUUCGUCAAACAAUUUUGAAGGUGAAAUCCCUGAACAAGUAGGCAGUCUGGUUGAAUUGAGUACGUUGAACUUGUCGAUGAAUCAAUUAACUGGAGAGAUUCCUUCAAGCAUUGGAAAAUUACGUUGGCUUGAAACUCUUGAACUCUCACACAACCAGCUUUCAGGACAUAUCCCUCAAAACUUUUCUUCUUUAACCUCCCUAUCUCACUUGAACUUAUCUUACAACAACUUGAUUGGAAAUAUACCUUCGGGAUACCAACUCCAAACCCUCAAUGAUCCAUCUAUUUAUGAACACAAUCCGUCACUGUGUGGGGCUCCUCUUUCAACUGUAUGCCCUACAGAUGACACAAAACCAGGACAUACUUUUCAUGGAGAAGAUCAUAGUAAAGAUGAUAAGGAAGGGUUUUGGUUUUACGUCAGCAUGGCACUUGGUUUCAUCAUAGGCUUUUGGGCUAUUUGUGGAACGUUGGUCCUAAAAAAGUCAUGGAGGUAUGCCUAUUUUAAAUUCUUUGACAACGUCAAAGAGAAGGUAGCAUUAACAAUUGCAUUGAAAGUAGCUCGUUGGCAAGAGAGAUUGUGA